AUGCCCGAUCAAAUUUCUGCUGAUCCCAGUCAAUUCUUAAUUUCCGGUAAUAAUAAAGUACCCGGAUCUGAACCUACUCGUGGCGCCGUCUCUUCAAGGAAGCGAAGGAUUCGUAUAAGAGUUCCUUUCGAGUUAUGGACGGAACAAAUGUUCCAAAGUGCGCUCCAAAGAAUCAUUAAUUCCCCAAGGCCAAAUUCAUCAAGGUCGAGUCAACCAAGGCCAAGUCCACCAAGGUCAGAAACACCGCUUCCAUCAUCAUCAACACAUCCGAUGACAUCUACAUACCCGACGCCACCAUCAACGCCACCUUCAUUUUCAUUAUAA